CCUUAUUUCCUCAGUCAGUGCAGAGAGGGAGAAGGUGCCGAUGGAAAUAUCCGGGAAGUUCCGGAGGAAGCCUGUUCUUAAUAAAAACAUUUCAAAUGCAUCGGGAAACAAUGUUUUAUUUAUUAGAGGCAACUGGACACGGUGUUCUUAUCGGUUACAACGUUGUUAACCUUCCUGUUGUGUUUCUUCAAGUUAACGGAGUUAGCUAGGGCUUACAGCAGCUUUCUUUUAUAGGCGUAUAAGAUUUUUAAACUUUUAAUAGACUAAUUGUACGAGUUAAAUGUAUUGGUUUGGAUAAUAAACUAUUGUAACAUAGUAAGCCUCGUGUAGGUGUUAAAGAAAUCUAAAACCUGGAUGUUUUAGCAUGCUUGCUAACGUCAAACUAGCAUAGCUAGCGGGGUGUGUUUUGCUAACUGCUUGGCUAACUUUCUACACAUUCAGCGUGGAAAGAAGAUAGAUCAAUGAACGUUUUUCUUUUCUAAAAUUUCUAGUUGCAAGUCAUGCUAGGGCCGAGUUAUCGACCCAAAGAUUCUUAGCACCAUAAUGUUUCGAAAAUCUAAGCUAAAGUGGUUAGCUAGUUAGGACAGGCGCCUAUCAGAAAACCAAGUUCCCUUGGCGUUAAUGCGCUCCUCAAGGCUUACAGUAGGCUUAAAGAUGUAGUUAAGACUUCUUAAUUAUCCUGAAACAUUUCAAAAUUAUACACCUUUAACCCCAAAAGCAAGCAUUUCAAUGGCAUUUGACUUGGUGUAGCAGAAUACACGUUUAAGGUUGACUUUUCUGAAACAUUUCAGAAUUAUAACUCCUGAUAUUCGAUUCUUGAAAUAUUUGCUGUGAUAAUUGUGUUCGGAUGAUAUGUUAGUUGGAUGAUCGCUAAAGGAUUAGGUCACCUGCCUGGAUAUUUGGGCAUAAACCUUAAGUUAAAACGCCCUUAGGUGCAAAACCACUACAGUUUUCUAAUUCCAGGAAAGUUAUUUCCAUCAGGUAUGCCUAUGGGUUUGGAUUUAAUAAUAUCGGUUUAGAAUGUUAAUCAAAGCCUUUUUAGAGAAGGUUUAAGAGUUGUACAGUUUUUAAAUAUUUAGCCAUUUGAUUUAUUUUAAUCAAUAAGUUGGUUACAGAUAUGUUAAUUCAUCUUCAGUAAUCAUUUUAGCCUGAUCAGUCAUGGUGAAUCCUGAACCUAUCCCAGGAACACCAGGCUUAAGAUGGGCCAGUUUCACCCAGGGUUGGACAUCAGUCCAUGCGUUCACGUGUACCUAUGGGUAAUUUAGGAUAACCAAACUACCAGCUUGCAUGUUUUUGGACAGCGGGAAGAAGUUCUCAUGGAUAUGGGGAGAAUAUGUGAAACGUCCCACAAACAGUAACUCAGCACGGUGGUGUAGCACUGUCGCCUCACAGCAAGAAGGUUCUGGGUUCGAGCCCAGCUGCCGACAGGGGCCUUUCUGUGUGGUGUUUGCAUGUUCUUCCCAUGUCUGCAUGGGUUUCCUCCAGGUUUCCCCCACAGAUCAAAGACAUGCAGUUAGGUUAACAUGGGGCAGCCUUGGGCUGAAGUGCCCUUGAGCAAGGGCACCUAACCCACAACUGCUCCAUGGGUGCUGUAGCAUAGCUGUCCACUGCUCUGGGUAUGUGUAUGUGCUCAUUGCUCACUUGUGUGUGUUCGCUGUUUCAGAUGGCUUAAAUUUCACUGUGUGCUUAAGUCUGUGCUUGAGUGUACAUGUGACAAGGCUUCUUGGCUCAAGCCUGGAUCCUGGAGCUGUGAGGUGGCAAUGGUACUCACUAUGCCACUGUGUUCUCCAAUUACAGAUAAUGUCUACAUUCAAUAAGAGUAAAAGUCGCUUCUUAAUGGAAUUCCCAGUAUGCACUGCAUUGCCCUUACAAUCUUGCUACUCAUAACUAACUUGGGAUUAAAAUUGGACAUGGGCAUACCUUUAAAACAAGAACAACUUUUUGUUCAGCAUAUUUCAACUUACAAAUGUAAAGUUGUUGAUUGGAUGCUUUUCCUAGGUAGACCAUGCUCUUGGCCCAGGUAAAUCGGGACACCCAGAGCAUGGAGUUCCAAACUGUUGAGGGUGAUCCACAGCAGGUCACUCUUUGUCUCGCUGAGGCUGUGACAGUUGCAGACAGUGACCACAUUGAGGCAAUGGAUACAGUGAGUUUGCAGGCAGUGACUCUGGUAGAUGGCUCCACUGCAUACAUACAACACAGCCCUAAAGACAACAAGAUAAUGGAAGGACAGGUGAUCCAGUUGGAGGAUGGUUCUGCAGCAUAUGUGCAACACCUACCAAUGCCGAAAGCAGCUGGGGAAGGUCUAAGGCUAGAGGAUGGCCAAACUGUGCAACUGGAGGAUGGGACAACGGCAUACAUUCAUACACCCAAAGAAACAUAUGAUCAGGGUGGAUUACAGGCUGUCCAGUUGGAAGAUGGCACAACUGCUUACAUCCAGCACAUGCCCCAAUCAAGCACCAUUCUGGCUAUUCAGGCUGAUGGCACAGUGGCAGACCUACAAGCAGAGGGCACUAUUGACCCCGACACCAUCAGUGUGCUGGAACAAUAUUCUACCAAGAUGGAAGGAACAGAAUGUGGCACAGGGCUGCUCAGUAGAAGCGACACUGAUGGCAGUGUGCAUAUGCAGAUUGUACUCCAGGGUCAGGAGGGCAGGUCUCAAAGAGUGCAGCAUAUUGGGGAGAAGGCCUUUCGGUGUGAACACGAGGGCUGUGGAAAGCUCUACACAACAGCGCAUCAUUUAAAGGUACAUGAACGAUCACAUACUGGGGAUAAACCUUACAUAUGUGAUCAUCUGGGAUGUGGAAAAAAGUUUGCAACAGGAUAUGGCCUAAAAAGUCACGUUCGAACACACACUGGUGAAAAACCAUAUCGCUGCCAGGAGCUCAACUGCCUUAAGUCUUUCAAGACAUCUGGAGACCUACAAAAACACACUCGAACACACACCGGAGAGAAGCCUUUCAAGUGCCCGUUUGAAGGAUGUGGGAGAUCUUUCACCACCUCAAAUAUUCGAAAGGUUCACAUCCGAACACACACUGGUGAGCGGCCGUACUACUGCUCUGAACCCAACUGUGGAAGAGCUUUUGCUAGCGCCACCAACUACAAAAACCACAUGAGGAUCCACACAGGUGAGAAGCCCUAUGUGUGCACUGUGCCUGGCUGUGAUAAGCGCUUUACUGAGUACUCCAGUCUCUACAAGCACCAUGUGGUCCAUACUCCCUGCAAACCCUACAACUGCAACCACUGUGGGAAGACCUACAAGCAGAUCUCCACAUUAGCCAUGCACAAACGCACUGCACACAAUGACACCGAACCCAUUGAAGAGGAGCAGGAGGCCUACUUUGAGCCACCUACAGAAGCCAUUGAUGACCCUGCAUUAACGUUUACCCCUGCUGUGGUGGAGGAGGAUGGAGGAUCAGAGCAGGUUUCAGCAGGAUCGGAGAUGAUGAGCCAGCAGCACGUAGCACUCAUAUCUCAGGACGGCACACAGCAGGUUUUUUCUCAGGCAGACGUUCAAGCAAUGAGUGGCACAAUAACGAUGGUAACACAAGAAGGAACGACUAUAACCAUCCCUGCCCAUGAGGCAAUGCUCUCCCCUGGAGAAGGUCAUUCUGUCACCAUGGUUUCUGCAGAUGGCACAGAAGGACAGGUAGCAAUUGUGACUCCAGAUCUGUCUGUGUUCCAGACUGAGGACGGAGAGCUAGUACAGGAGCAGCAGCAGCGGCCGGUGGUAUCCACAAGCCCACAUCCAGUUACUCUGCUGGCUACCUCUAAUGGCACACACAUUGCUGUGCAGCUCAGCGAUCAGCCUUCACUGGAGGAGGCCAUCAGAAUUGCAUCACGUAUUCAACAAGGAGAAACCCCAGGCCUAGAUGAUUAAAGCAUGACCUUCAAUUAAGCAAAAUCACCAUGUGUGGGAUGUUCAUGCGUGUGCAUGUGCUUGCAGUGAACAAUUGAGAAAGUCAAGUAUCCAAAACAAAAUUGCUAGCAUCAUGAUUGCUCUAUUUGAAGAGAACUGAAUAUAUUUUUGUGUGGAUUUAUGUACAUAAUGUUUUGAAACUGGAGUUUUUGCUGUAAAUAUUUAUUUGAUUCUUCUAUUGAAUACUUGACUUUUUAGGAUCUUAAUAAAUGAAAAUUGAACAAUAUUCCAUUUA